AUUCGUGCAUGUUAGGUGAGAGUACUAAUCACUCCAUCAAAUACCUUUUAUAUAUGCAUGUGUUAAUGUGUGUUGACUGUCCAUUGUAACUCACCAAUAUCAGAGAGAGAUGGGUUCCAUGGAAGCAAGCAAGAAGAAGAAGCCUCAUGCAGUGGUGAUCCCAUUUCCAUUGCAAGGUCACAUAAACCCUACUCUCAAGCUAGCAAAGCUUCUUCAUUACAAGGGCUUUCACAUAACAUUUGUGAACACUGAAUUCAACCACAAACGCUUAGCCAAGUCCAGAGGCCCUGAAGCCCUUCAAGGAUUGCCAGACUUUUGUUUUGAAACAAUCCCAGAUGGCCUUCCUUUGACCAACUUAGACUCUUCCCAACAUGUACCCUCACUUGUUGAUUCUACAAGGAAGAACUGCUUACUCCCAUUUCGCAAUCUUGUAUUGAGACUCAAUGAGAAUGCUACAAUGCCUCCAGUUUCUUGUAUUGUGUCCAGUGGUCUCAUGUCCUUCACUGUUGAGGUCUCUGAAGAACUUGGAAUUCCAAAUGUUUUCUUCUGGACAUAUAAUGCAAGCAGCUUCAUGGGGUUUACAAAGUUUUUUGAUCUAAUGGAAAGAGGUGUCUCUUCAUUUAAAGAUGAGAGCUAUCUGAAUAAUGGCUAUUUAGAGAAUACAUCAAUAGAAUGGAUACCUGGGAAGAAAAACAUCAGAUUGAGAGACCUUCCAAGCUUCAUUAGAACAGCAGAUCCAAAUGAUCUCUUUCUAAAUUUCUUCAAAGUAGAAGUUGAAAGGGCUCAAAGAGCCACUGCAAUCAUCUUGCAUACUUUUGAUGAACUGGAGAAUGAAGUCUUGGACAUCCUCAAGCCAAAGUUUCCUCCCAUCUUCACCAUUGCACCUCUCCACUUGCUCCUCAGUCAGAUUCCUGAAAGUAGUAGUCUGAACUCAAUUGAAUUCAACUUAUGGAAAGAAGAGCCUGAAUGCCUUAAAUGGCUUGACACCAAGGAACCCAACUCAGUUAUUUAUGUAAACUUUGGCAGCAUCACAGUCAUAACACCUCAGCAACUCUUAGAGUUUGCUUGGGGACUUGCUAAUAGUAAGCAAAACUUCUUGUGGAUAGUCAGGCCAGAUCUAAUUAUGGGAGAAAAGGCAAUUCUACCUCAAGAAUUCAAAACAGAUACUGAAGGGAGGGGCUUUUUGGCAGGUUGGUGUCCACAAGAGAAAGUCCUCAAACACCCUUCAAUAGGAGGGUUUUUGACACACAGUGGAUGGAACUCAAUGCUUGAAAGCAUAAGCAGUGGUGUCCCCAUGCUUUGUUGGCCAUUCUUUUCAGACCAACCAACAAACAGCAUGCGUGCUUGCUCCGACUGGGGUGUGGCUGAGGAAAUAAAUAAUGAUGUGAAGAGAGAUGAAGUGGAGAAGCUUGUGAGGGGACUAAUGCAGGGACAGAAGGGAAGUGAGAUGAGGAAAAAGGCCAUGGAAUUGAAGGUGAAAGCAGAAGAGGCUGUUUGUUCUAAUGGUUCAUCACUGUUGAAUUUAGAACAUUUGGUGCAUGAAGCAUUGCUCUCAAAAGAUGAUUGAUUUGUAUGCUUAAAGUCAACCACCCAGAAUAAAUGCCUAAAGAAAAUCAGUUUCAAAUGUGAUGCAGUUGCAGCAGCUGCCGAGCACUUCUACAUGGUGUGGGACCUUGGCAAAGGACAUUGACUGAAGAUUGAGAUUGAUUACGGCAAUCUUGUGUUGCCUUUUAUAUCUAACAGUUUGCAUGUGUUUGGAACUCCUUAUUACUACGUUUUUUUUUUAUUUCCUAUUAAUUAGCAUAUUUGUUUUUGAGGGUUUGCUGGACGUAUUUAAGACUUUUGUAAGCCUUUAUUGAAGACAGCUAUCUUUUGAUUAAAUAAAACAAAACGGAGAAGAGUUUCUCUAAAGUUCCGCUUAUCAAUUCUUGGUGAAUUGAUCUGGUGGAAAUUGUGUUGU